AAUGAUUGACAACUCCCAAAUCCCUAUUAUAAUUUAUAUUUAAAUAUGAAUAUACCGGAUAUACUUCCGGUUAUGACAAAAGAAGACUACACGGCGUUUAUUGAGGACUGAUACGGUCAAGAUGGCUGCUGCUCUAACUGUGGAGCAAGAGCAGGCCACCAAGAGCUUCCUGGACGUGGUGAACCGCGUGCGGCGCAAGCGAGCGGCGGGGCCCGUUGCGUGGGCGACGGCCGUCAAGUUCCUCGCGGCGCGCAAGUUCGACGUGACGCGCGCCGUCGCCCUCUACGAGCAGCACGAGGCCACGCGGCGCCGCGAGGGCCUGCCCACACGCGAUGGUAGUGGAGCGGCCAUUGCGGUCUUCACUGCUCGAAUGCACUAUCCUCAAACGUCUUCUCACCAGACCACCCUGCAGACCCUUGCAAAAUUCAUAAAAUAUUUUAUCAAAAAGAUUGAUAGAAAUAACUUUGACACAUUAUCACACAUAUUAAAAGGUUUCCGUCAAUCUUAUACCUGGAAAAUUAUUGUUCAACAUGUUAUUCGAAAAUUUUUAUUGUCCACAAUAGAGAUGAUGGAAGUUCAGAUAAAGAAUUCAGGUGGGUACCCAGCUAAACUGAAAAAGGUGCUCAUUGUCACUGCGCCGCUUUGGUUUAAAGCUCCGUUCAAGAUUUUACGUCUUUUUGUUAGAGAAAAAUUGAGGGAUCGUGUAUACACUGUUAGUAUACCACAGUUGACUGUGCACAUACCAAGAGGGUCUUUGCCCUCCCACUUGGGUGGCACACUGGAUGUGGACCAUGCAGCUUGGCUCCUCCAUUGUAUCAAGUCCAUGACAAACCGUCAUGGUGAUCUGUACGACGUGUCCUCUCCGGGCAACGCAGACGGCAACAUUAUGGCAGCUCUUCCAAAUGGAUCUGGUAACAGCCACCAAGGGUAUUCCCAGGAGGAGUUGACCUGCGGCCUUCAAGCCUCCAGAGACCCAGAUGGGCCGGAGGGCAGAAAGAAGGCCCGGAGCUCCUCUCCAGUUUCCGGCCCUGAGGAGGAAGAGGAGGAAGAUAUUGUGAUUACUGCCAGGGACUUAGAUAAUGGGGAGACUUGGCAGCAUAACUCAGGCAGUGGGGGUGCUUCUUCUCCUGCCCCCCCUCCAUCAUCUGCCAGCAGUGGCUUUUCAGAUGACGACAGUCUGCACUGUGAUGUUGGGCAUGGUCUUACCCUUGAACAAUUUGUGGAAAGUGUUAAAAGUAGAGGCCGUGCUGGACUUGUUCAAGACUACGCUGAAAUUAGAGCUCGUCCUCCAGAUGGCUCUUUCAAUUAUGCUCGAUUGCGUGCACACAACCUGAAGAAUCGAUACACUGAUGUACUUUGCUAUGAUCACAGCCGUGUACUAUUGUCGCAGAUUGAUGGAGAUAGCUGUAGUGAUUACAUAAAUGCAAACUUUGUUGAUGGUUAUAAACAAAAAAAUGCUUUUAUUUCAACUCAAGGUCCUUUACCAAAUACUUGUGGAGAUUUCUGGCGCAUGGUUUGGGAACAGCAAGCACUUGUUGUAGUCAUGACAACUCGAGUAAUAGAGCGGGGCCGAACCAAAUGUGCUCAAUACUGGGCAAAGGAUGAAGGGGGAGUUGCUACUCAUGGGUUCUUCCAAAUCACUACUACAUCAGUUACACAACAUGCUGAUUUCACUGUUUCCAAUCUGCAACUUGUUAAUAUUAUGACUGAAGAAAGUCGAGAAGUUAGUCAUUACCAGUUUACUUCUUGGCCAGACUACGGUGUCCCCCACAGUGCAAUGGCCAUGCUGGACUUUCUGGAGCGUGUGCGUCAACAGCAAGCCAAAAUGGUUGCAACUUUAGGUGACACCUGGGCUGGUCACCCUCGAGGCCCACCCAUUAUUGUGCACUGCAGUGCUGGAAUUGGCCGGACAGGUACAUUCUGCACGUUGGACAUCUGCAUUAGUCGUCUGGAAGAUGUGAGAACAGUGGAUGUUCGUGGCACUGUGGAACGCAUUCGCUCCCAGAGAGCGUAUUCUAUUCAGAUGCCUGACCAGUAUGUCUUCUGUCAUCUAGCAUUAAUAGAGUAUGCUGUAGCCAAGGAACUGAUCUCUGCAGUUGAUCUAUCUGGAUUUGAGGACACUGUAGACAAUGAAUCUGACUAAUUACUUUUAAGUAUUCAAAUUGUAUCUUCAGUGUAACAUGAUUAUGUGGUAAAGACAGUUCAAGUGGACCAAUGCCAGACUUCUCUGCAAACUCAAUGGAAUUGGUGAUUCUAUUUAUACAACUUGAAAAAGUUAUUCGUACUGUAUUAGAUGUUUUCACUGUGUGAUAAGUUAAUUUUCCGGAAAAUAAAUUUAAAAAAACAUUGCUGGAAAUGUUGGAAAUAUAUUUCCAAAGAAGAAUUGAAAUGCACAAAUUUUAAGUAGUGAUUGAAAACCAAGGGUCUCGUGCUUAGGUUUGACUCUCUCCCUUUGCGUGUGUGUGUGUGUACGUUCAUCCGUGAUGGUGCCGGUUAUCUUUAUAUGUGAAUAUCCAGAAAAUGAGUGUGCUAAACAGAACUGCCAGAACUGCCAAGAAAAUUAAUUUUUUCAAAGAACUGUUGUAGCUCAGUGUUUUUAAUCAUGAAAUAUAUAUUGUACAUUAUUUCUGUACAUAAGUAAUAUAUAAUAUAUAUCCAACAAUUACAUAUGUGAUAAUAAGUAUAUUAUAUACUUGUGUAUUUGUUUGAAUGUCUUUGCCCUUUACACUUCCAGUGAAUAUAAAUUUUCUGUACUCUCCAUACUCUGCAUAAAAAUUGUUUUUGUGUAAAAAGACUUAUCACAAUUUAAAUAUUCUUUAAUUUAUUUGUUCAUGAUGUGAUUUACAAAUAUUUUUUUGAAUAAGUUGUCAACCAAAGUUUAACAUUAAUUUCUAGUCACAUUUUUUAUGUGGCUAAUACAGAGUCAAUAAAUUUGUAGAGACUCAUUCAAAUAUUUUGUUUAUAUUUUAAUGUAGUAUUACAUCAAAUUUUAAAUAGCUUCAUUUUUAUUUUCUUUCAUUCCAAGAAGUGAAGUAUAAUUUCAAGAAGUAUAUAUGUAAUUUUUUUGUUUAUUAAUAAGAUAUGGCUAUAAAGGUAUUCAUAAUUUAUUUGGUUUAAAGUUUUUAAAAAAAUUCAGAUUUUAAUUCUGGGUAUUUGUUCUUGCAAGUUAUUUCAAGAGUAUGGAUGUCAUCAUAUAUUAAUGUAUAUCAUAUCAAGAUCUUGUCAUGAUACUUUGGGUACAUUUUGAUUGUAUUCCUUGAAUUUUUGUUUUUAGAAAUAUAUAGACAAUAAAUAAAAUGUUACAAUUCGAUGAUUUCAGUUCAGUCUAACACGUUCACUGUUACAUAUCAUUAAAACAAUAAUUUCUAUUAAAAACAAACUGUUUACAAACUCAUUUCCAUUACAUGUCCUUCUUGCUGCCCAUCUUUUAUGUGAAAUACAGUAAAACCCCUAUUUUACAUUUUUCAGGGUACCGAUGAAAACAAGAGUAAAAUACGGGAAGUUGAAAAACGUUAGGCUAGGUGAGUUCAUUCAUUAUUUACUACAAUGGUAGCUGUUUUUACUUUCUUGCCCUUCGUAAAAAGAGAAAGUAAAAUUGUGCACUGGAAAUGGUGAAAUUG